CACAGAGGCGCAGGACGAUGCUGGCUGCCGGCCCCAGCGCGGCGCAGAGCUGCGCGCUCGUGCUGGCCGCCGCCGUGCUGCUCCAGUCGCUCUGCGUGGCCGUCACCUUCCUCUACUUCACCAGCGAGCUCAAGCAGCUCCAGGACACCUACUCAAAGAGCAGCAUUGCCUGCCUCACCGGUGAAGAGCUCGGAAACUUCAUACAAAACUUGGACACAAUUCCAAAUGGGGAGGAAGAGGCUGAUCCCUGCUGGCAAGUCAAGUGGCAACUGGGAAAGUUAAUUAAAAAGAUGAUGUCAAGAAGUUAUGAGGAAAACAUAUCUGCAGUCAACGCUGAGAGAGCCCUUGCAUUUCCAAGCACCAACGAGCAGCCGCACACGGAUCCCAUCUACCGAAUAGCGGCGCAUCUGACGGGCAGCAGCAACAAGAAGAACUCCCUGGCCCCACGCACAGAUUCCACACCCAGAAAGGGCCGAGGCCAAAAAAUCAACAGCUGGGAGUCGUCGCACAAGGGCCAUUCCUUCCUCUACAACGUGGAGCUGCGGAACGGCGAGCUCGUGGUGCCCAAGACAGGCUUCUACUACAUCUACUCACAAACAUAUUUCCGUUUCCGUGAAAACGAGCACGAGGACUCGGGUUUGCUGGCCCAGAUCAGGAACCCCAAGCAGCUGGUCCAGUACGUUUACAAACUGACCAACUACCCUGAGCCCAUUUUGCUCAUGAAGAGCGCCAGGACAAGCUGCUGGUCGAGGAAGGCCGAGUACGGGCUGCACUCCAUCUACCAAGGGGGUGUUUUCCAGCUCAAAAGGGAUGACCGAAUUUUCGUGUCUGUCAGCAAUGGGGAUAUAGUUGACAUGGACAAAGAGGCAAGUUUCUUUGGAGCCUUUAUGAUCAGUUAGGAGGUUCUGAUCACGCUCCAGGAACUCRUUUGCACAGUUAGGUCCGGCUUGAAAUUGUAUAAAAUCUGGGCUGGAGAGCAGACAGCACCUGUGAUACUGGACUCCCCAUUCUCAGCUCGYGGAAGAGGUCUGGCUGUGUGGAGAGAGGCUCCGAAGAGCCGAUGAGGAGGAAGAGCAGCUGCACAGUCUCAGAGGGUUGGGGAAGAACCAGGGUUUACAGCAUCCAGAUGCCACCUUGGGCGAGAGCAGAUAAAACACUGCCCAAAAUCAUUGCUGAGCCGCAUGGGAGCUGCUGCUCCUGUAGUUACUCAGGCUGGAACUGGAAACCAAAUGUCACCGAUGGGCUGCACUUGGACCUUGCCCUGAGCAUCCUGGUGCAUCCAACGGUGCCAGAUGCUGGUGGAGUUACUCUGAUAAGACUUAGCUCCUAUCUGAACCUCAGUUUUACAGAAGCAAAAGGCCAGCAGAUACGCAGCACUGCAUCUCUGCUCUAAUCUAGCCAAGCACUUAAGUACC